UCCUUCUUCUGGUAGCCAUGGUUGCCACCAAUAUCCUCUCCCUCUACCACCUCUCAACCACCAUGAUUUCCACUAAACCCACCACCCCUCUUAACCCCCCAGUUCCCGACCACCUCCUCCGCCAGCUUCAGACCAUACGCGCCACCAUCAACCACCUCACGCGCCUCCAGCCCAAUCCUUCCCUUCACAACAACCCCUCCACCGCCGCCGCCAUCAUCCCGUCGGAUCUCCUUCUCUAUACCCAACUCUCCCCCAUCGCAUCCGCCUGUCGCCACCACCCUGACCUCCUUCACCAGUACAUGAACUACACCCCGUUCACCCUUUGUCCCCCACCGUCAUCCGCCGCCGCUGAGCCGUUGAUCCUCCGUGGAUGUCAUCCUCUCCCACGCCGGCGUUGCUUUUCUCCCACCCCUAAUAAGCUCCCAACUUCCCUUCCCACGAACCCCUUCUCUCCGGUGCCGGAAAAUUCCAUUUUAUGGAGUAAUUACAAGUGUAAAAACUUGGAUUGUCUUAACCCAGAUCUGGGUUUUGAUUUAAAGAAAGAGAAAUCAAAGUUUUUGAGCUACAAAACCGAUCUUGAUCUCCCCAUUUCUCAACUAACAGAGAUCGCAAAAAAGUCAAAAAGCGUCCUCCGGUUAGCUCUAGACAUCGGCGGCGGUACAGGUACUUUCGCUGCGCAAAUGAAGCAAGAAAAUGUGACGGUUCUAACGACCACAAUGAGCUUGAGUGCACCAUAUAACGAAGUUGCUGCACUCAGGGGAUUGGUGCCAUUACAUGCGCCAUUGCAGCAGAGAUUGCCGGUCUUCGAUGGUGUUUUGGAUCUGGUACGAUGUGGACACGCCGUCAACCGGUGGAUUCCGGUGGCAGCAAUGGAGUUCUUGCUUUAUGAUGUGGAUAGAGUAUUGAGAGGUGGUGGGUAUUUUUGGGUGGAUCAUUUUUUCAGUAAAGAAGUCGAUCUUGAUAAGAUUUAUGGGCCAUUGAUUGGGAAAUUGGGGUAUAAAAAGGUGAAAUGGGCAGUGGGGAAGAAGAUGGAUUCAAGUGGCGUGAAGAAUGGGGAGGUUUAUUUGACUGCUCUUUUGCAAAAACCAGUUUCAAGAUGAUGAUGAAGAUGCUGAUGAAUCUUUUCUUCUUCAUUCUUGAGAAGUUGGACAUUUCACAGUUGGCUUAUUUUGACUGCAACCAGUUAAGAAAAUGGAAAUUAGGAGCUAGAUUCGAGUUAAAAACUGGGUGGCCUAUUUUGCCUAUCUAAUACCCACCUUUAGAUCAAUAACACUAAUGAGAAGCACCAGUCAAUUCUCUUCUAAAGCGUAAUUCAUGGAUUUGUUUGUGAUUAAAAGUGAUCAAGGGACCAAAUCGCCUCUUACACUUCUCAACUGAACUGUUAUUCUUACACGAUCCCUCGUUUAUAUACCAACGUGAUAACCGCUACUUCAAAUCACGGUCCCGCCUGCUAUUUCUACAGUUGACCGCGUUAUCAGCUUAGCAUAUGUUACCAUGAAAAUGUUGAUAUUAAUAUAUGUUAACCUACUUUAACAUGAAAUGUUAACAUAUUAAUGCAUGUGAGGAUGUUAACUUAUGUGAAACUCUGGUAACGAAGUGGUACCUACAACUUAUGUGAAACUCUGGUAACGAAGUGGUACCUACGGUUCUCAAGAAACUUUAGUUCUUAUCAGAACCCAAACAUGUUGUAUCAACAUAUAUGAAGCUGGUAACUCAUAGUUGUGUCCAAAGUCGAAAUUUGGUUCUUUGAUGAUCGGUUUUAUAGAUAUGUUCAUGCUGAACACCAAUGAAUCUUUAUUUUA